AUGCUUUUGACACUCCUUUGUACCGCCUUGCUACCGGUGGUCGCACUAGGGCGCAUCGACAGACAGCGGGUUGUGUCUCAAUUCAAUGUUGUCCGAACCAAUUUGAUCGACAAUAACACCACUCCACUGCAAGUUGGCAAUGGCAACUUCGCUUUCAAUGUCGAUAACACGGGCAUGCAGACUUUCCUGCCCUUCAAUACACUCUCAAGCUGGGCCUGGCACAACGACUCGCUUCCGACAAAUGGCGAGAAACUCGGUGACUACUCCGGCGUUCCCAUGCUGACACACGGCCAAAAUGUCUCCUACGAUAUUCCCGAUCCGAAGCUUCCUCAAGUCUCGCAAUGGCUCAUUGGGAAUCCUAACCGCAUCAAUCUCGGCCGUAUCGGUCUAAAGUAUAAGGGAGGAACUCUUUCUGCAGCGGCAAUCACAGAACCAAGACAAGAACUGGACCUCUGGGGUGGUUUCAUCACCUCAACCUUCAAAGUCGAUGGCAAAUCUGUCAAAGUGGUUACGCAGGGGGAUUUCGCGUAUGAUGCCGUCACAUUCCAGAUUGAAUCGGAGCUUGUAUCCUCCGGCGACUUGAACGUCGAGCUAGACUUUCCAUACCCGCCUAUUCACACAACAAAGUACAAAUACGAAGUCUUUGCCGGCGUUUACGACUUCCCGCUGAACCAUACGACUCGCAUCGUCAAUAGCUGCGGACGAUCUGACGUGGCGCACAUCCAUCACGAGUUGCAGGAGACGAGCUAUUUCGUCAACCUGCGCUGGCCACACGAAGUGCCCCUUGAGCUUUCUCGGGACGAACCAGAGGGCUCUGACAAGAUUAACGCUCAUCGUUAUACACUGUCUUCUGUCCGCGACACCAACCGGACUUCGACUUCUUUGACCUUUACUGCGCACUUUUCACCUCAGAAGCAAGACCCCAGACCCCCGGCCGACACCCAAAAGGAAAGUAUCACUGAAUGGCACGACUACUGGAACGAGGGUGGUUUCGUCGACCUGACUUCGUCUUCGAACCCCAACGCCACUGAGCUGCAGAGGCGUAUCAUCCUGUCGCAAUAUCAUGUUCGCGUCAACAGCGCGGCUUCCGGUCAAUCGCCACAGGAGAGUGGGCUGAUGAACAACGGAUGGUACGGCAAAUUCCACAUGGAAAUGGUUAUUUGGCACAACGCCCACUGGGUAACGUGGGGCCGGAAGAAGCAUUUUGACAACAUAUUCCCAGAGAUUUACGAGACACUGCUCCCAUCCUCUCUCGCUAGGGCAAAAGCACAAGGGUGGCCUAAAAUGACGGAGCUUGAGACAGGUGUCAGUUCCCCUGGAGGAAUCAACGGCCUUUUACUAUGGCAACAGCCCCAUCCCAUGUAUCUGGCAGAACUUGCGUAUCAGUCGUCACCAAAUGACGAGACCUUGAAGCAAUGGGACGCAGUCUUGACAGCGACUGCCGACUUCAUGGCAUCGUAUGCCUGGAAGAAUGAAAGCUCAGGACACUAUGACUUGGGGCCACCUUCAUAUGGAGUAACUGAGAAUACGCCACCUUCACAAACGUUGAACCUAGCUUACGAGAUCGCAUACUGGAGGUACGGACUCGAUCUCGCGCGCGAGUGGAAGAAGAGAAUGGGCCAGGCGGUCCCCGACAAGUGGACGGAAGUGGCCGAGAACCUCGCUCCGCCUCCGCAGGUCGACGGUCUUUACGCCGUGUAUGAGGGGCUGAACAGCACAUGGUGGCAGGACCCGGCCCUCAACGGAGACCCGCGCAGCCUCAUCAUGAUGCAGGGGAUACUACCAGACACCCCGGCCGUUGACCCCAAAGUCGCGCUCAGGACUGCGGACAAGGUAUGGGAAGUCUGGACGGACCAGAAGAUCCGCGGCUGGGGACGGCCCGUGUUGGCCAUCAACUCUGCUCGGGUUGGGAAUCCGGAAAGGGCUAUUUACCACUUGACUGCGUACGAUUACUGGAAGUUUGAUGACGCUGGCUACGCCGUUCGUGGCGGGGAUGGCGGCACACCUCCUCCUUUCAUGCCCGGAAAUGCUGGUUUCCUAUAUGCAGUUGCAUAUAUGGCUGCUGGCUGGCGAGGGUCAAAAGGCGAUGCACCUGGUUUUCCCCAAGGCGCGGGGUGGGUUGUCAAGCAGGAGGGAUUGCAAAAAGCACCCUAG